AUGCUCGUAGAGGAAGGUGCACGGCACAUUGCACUACUUUCGAGAUCUGGCGAGCCGUCAGCGGAACUUAGGGAGGGAGAUAUUUGGCAGUAUCUGUUGAGCACGCCACCCAAUAUCCAUGUAGUAAACAUCAAGUGCGACGUGAGCAAGAGGGAAGACGUGCUUAGAGCAUUUAAGGAGCUUCAGUCUGAUGAUUGGCCUCCCGUGCGCGGCAUAUUCCAUGCAGCAGGAGUGACUGACGACAAGGCCCUCGCAGAGCAAGACAAGGCAUCAAUUGAGAAGGUUUAUGGCGCGAAGGUGGUGGGUGCUUGGAAUUUGCAUGAGGUGUGCGAUGAGUUGGACUUGAACAAGGACCUCGAAAUUUUCUUGAUGUUCUCUUCAGUUGCUGCUCUUCUGGGUAACUUUGGUCAGGCGAACUAUGCAGCGGCCAACGCCUGCCUGGAUUCACUUGCUGCGUGGCGGCGGUCUAUAGGUUUGUGCGCUCAAAGUAUCCAGUGGGGUCCGUGGGUUGAGCAGGGAAUGGCAGCUGGGUUGAGGCAGUGA